AUGAGCUUUUCAAGCUCCUCCUUCGCGAUCAUAGCGAUCGUAUUGGGGAUUGUGAUUGCGGUACUCUACAACUAUGUCUUCUCACGGUUAUGUCCACGCAGAAGGCCUGAUGGCACAAGCCAGAACCAGCCUCUUGCAGACCUGGAGAGAUCAGGGUCGUGGAGUAGUUCCGUAUCUGCUGUCAUUCCGUCGUGCAAGUAUUCCGGUGAUGCCAGGUUGAGGACAAAGGACAAGACCUGCUCGGUGUGCCUGGCUGAGUUUCAGGAUGGGGAAGACAUGAGGCUCCUGCCCCGGUGCUCGCACUCAUUCCAUGUUUUGUGUAUCGACAUGUGGCUCUACUCCCAUCCUGACUGCCCGGUAUGCCGUACAGAUACAGGCAUCUCUGUCCCUCUCAGUUGUCGCCUUCAAACUGAGUCGAGUGAAACCUCUCGCUCAAUGGUUUCCUCAUUUGGUUCAAGUCCUUGA